CACUUCCCCACACUCUGGGGUCGAGGCUGCCACUCAAGGCUGGCAUGGACCCUUCAAAGCGCACAAGGGAGGCGUUGCUUGCGCGCGCAGAAGCACUCUGCGAUGCCAUCACACCGGGCCAAGAUAAGAACGUUCUUACUGCUGGCGACGGCUACCUAAGCACGAUACUGAAAGCAGUCAAGAUGGAUAGUGCGCCGCCGAGCACCACGAACGCGGCGAAUGACUAUGCCACAAGUGCAGCGAGGGAGUUAACGAUUAGGGAACAGACUGCUGGCUUGAUCAAGACUACACAAGACAUCGCGACCCUCAUACGUGACCUCCAGGAGUUGUGGCUCUUCGGGGGGCUCGAUACGCUACAGAAUCCGGCAGACGAAGAAACACAAAUGAAGAAGGCAGAGGAGGUUGCAGCCAUAAUAGAGGUGCUGGCACAGCAGAAGCCUGCCGUCAAAGCCAAAGCAGAAGAGGAUAGUGCAAAAGCCACUUCAGUCUUUUGACGCGCUCAUCAUAGCCACACUCAGGCCUGCGGGCGAGUUAUGGAGUUAUCGAUUUUGAUGUAUGGCGCAUGAGCCAGCUUGCAAUAAGUACAACUAUCGGCCAUGACAGGUUGCCCAUCCGUGGCAGGUGGUAAUAAAGCCAAGUCUACAUGGAGUGCCUCGGAGCUGAUUGUGCUGCUUUGACUGUUCGUUGCGAGAAGGAGUGAUCGAUGCGAGGUUGUCAGACAUCCACCCAAGAAACGACAGACAUAAUUUGAAGACAAUCUACCAAAUCGUAUGCAA